UUCAGGAAAGGGCAGCAAGGUAGACAUGAAAGAAAUGGAGGACAUAGAGGGAAAUGGUUCAGCCGAUUCCUACACUAGUCGACCCUCUGAUUCCGACCUGUCCCUGGAGGAGGACCAGGAGGCGUCUCGGCGAGAAGCCGAGCGCCAGGCUCAGUUGCAGCUGGAGAGAGCCAAGUCUAAACCAGUAGCAUUUGCAGUGAAGACCAAUGUGAGUUACUGUGGAGCCCUUGAUGAAGAUUGUCCAGUCCAAGGCGCUGCAAUUAACUUUGAAACCAAAGACUUUCUGCACAUAAAAGAGAAAUACAACAAUGAUUGGUGGAUUGGUCGGCUGGUGAAGGAAGGAGCUGACAUCACUUUUAUCCCAAGUCCUGUCAAACUGGAAGCCAUGAGGAUAAAACAAGAGCAGAAAGCGGCAGCAAGGAAAGGAGGGAACGCUUCAUCAGGAGGCUGGAGGUCCACCCCACCAUCUGCAGCCAAACAGAAGCAGAAGCAGACUGAACAUGUUCCUCCUUAUGAUGUGGUUCCCUCAAUGCGGCCAGUGGUGCUGGUUGGUCCUUCUCUGAAAGGAUAUGAGGUAACAGACAUGAUGCAGAAAGCCUUGUUUGACUUCCUGAAGCACAGAUUUGAUGGCAGGAUCUCUAUUACACGGGUGACUGCUGAUCUGUCACUGGCGAAAAGAUCAGUGCUCAACAAGAAGGCCAUAAUGGAAAGAUCUAACACACGCUCCAGUAUUGCUGAGGUCCAGAGUGAGAUAGAGAGGAUCUUUGAGCUGGCCAAGUCUCUUCAGCUGGUAGUCCUGGACGCAGACACCAUCAAUCACCCAACACAGCUCCUCAAAACGUCCCUGGCUCCCAUCAUUGUCUACGUCAAAGUGUCCUCGCCAAAAGUUCUUCAGAGGCUGAUCAAAUCUCGAGGGAAGUCACAAAGCAAACACCUCAACGUUCAGAUGAUGGCUGGGGACAAACUAGCUCAGUGCCCACCUGAAAUGUUUGACGUUAUCCUGGAUGAAAAUCAGCUGGAUGAUGCAUGUGAACACCUGGCAGAGUACCUAGAAAUUUACUGGCGUGCUACACAUCUCCCUUGUUCUGCCCCCGUCAACCCCUUACUGGACCAAAGUGUGAUCACCCCACCGUCAGCUAACUCCAGCCAACAGUUUUCUGAGACACAAGAAUUGAUAGAAUGAUCACUACCCCUGUCAAAGUCUGUGCUGUCAGCUGGGGUCAAGACUAGGAAGUCAUAGCGCACAGGGACCAGGGUGCCACCAGGGGGCAGCAGCAACAGCAGCAGCAGCCCUCAACUCGUCAAAGUCAGCCACCACAUACUCAGGCCCCACCGAGGGGCAAAGAAGUCCCUUGAGAGAAGAAAAGGAGGAAGAUUUGACCAUCACCGUUACAGAGAGAUGAGCCUCCACCUCACUGCUGCCCCCUCGACAGGAGCACCCUGCUCCCACUGCCAUGCAACAACUCAGGGCCGCUUUCUACAGCUGCAUGUAUAUUGGUUACAAAAAAUACACAGUAAAGCAGUGCGGACACUGCACAUCGCCGUCCCUCACCCUCACCUCUCACAGUGACAUUGCAAACUUGCAGCCAUUUUCCUGCUCUCACACUGGAAGUCACGUCGUCCACCUGACAAAGCCGAACUAGAGCUAAAGCCAGAGCUGAGCUGAUUCCACUCUCACUGUAGAUGCAACUGAGGAGUCAGAGUAUGAGCAUACAUUUCUGUAGCAAAGCAAAUCUAUCAGCACAACAACAAUGAAAAGUUUACCAAUUUAGGGAUACCAGGGUUUUCCUCUCUGACCAAAGAAAGCAGAGAGUAACAGAAAUCGAAUUCUGUUUGUCUUCCGCGUCUACAGAUUACUGUAAGCUAUCAUUCCAGUGAAACCAAAGGUUUCCUCAAAGGCACAGUUGUUUCUAUCAGAGUGUUUUUACGUGAACCUCCAAGAGAAACACCCUUUCAUUAUCAUUCAUUUAUUGAUUUCCAGUCUACAUUUUAUUAAUUCAUAUAUUUAUUUAGCUGAUGACCCUGAUAUAAGUCCAUGCAUGACAAGCACACAGUAGUAGGGUUGCAUGUCAUCAGUCUAUGUGCGCCUCCUCUCACAGUGAUGUGAAUGUAUGACUGGUGGCCUGUUGGCUUUGGAAGAAUUAUUUACAAUAAAUAAUGAAAAGUAAAUAAUGGAUUGUCAGAGGUAAAUCAUACGGUAUUUUUUUUUUAAUCCAAAGAGACUUAAGAUACUUAAUUCUGGCUAAUUAUGAUCCAUUCAGAAACAUUAUUUUAGAAGACAUACUGAUAUUCAGAUAAAAGCACACAUGCAUUGGAACACCUCUGUUAUUUCCUUAUUCCAUAAUCUGAUACUUAGUCAGUUCCAAAGAGAUUACUGUUGGUCAGUAAGCUUCUCUAGAUGUUGUGGGCACAUGAAAUCUUCAGGUCUCUGAGCACAUCAACAGAGUGUGAUGGUCACUUCCUAAUAGGGCUAAUUCAUUAUUUAAUUGUCUAUUGGCAUAAACAAACAAACAAAAAAAUUCAGCAUGAAUACUCAAGGCUUAUAAGUAGAUGGAGAGCGACAUCUGCUGGUGUGUUUAUGUUUGUUCGCAGUCUUGUAUCUGCUCAACAAACGUCAGGACACAUAAUUAUUAAAUAUGCAUUCACUCAAAUUAAGCAUAAUGUACAAUUUCCAGUCAUAGCACUGUUUGAAUACCUUGGCUGCAAAUGUGAAAAGCUUCAUCCAAACUUUGCAAAGACACCAGUCGUAACUAUUUAAGAAUCCAUUUCAUGUCUCAGUAUAGUAACUGCAUCUCAAACAAAUACUUGUGCAUCUACUUUCAUCAUGUAAAGCUAAAGAACUCCGCUAACAAACGUACGACCUGUGUAAAUAUUCAAAUGUUUGUGCAUGACAUAAUGUAUUCCUGUUUCAUCAGAAGGCCUUUUAGGAGAAUCGUCACAUGAGCCACUGUCAGAGUAAAUCAACGAUGAGCUACAUAACCAAUCCCGAUGUAUGCAUUAUCACAGCUUAACUGUACAUAGUGUAAAAUUCAUAUGCAGAUAUUAUUAUUAUUGUUAUUAUUAUGAAAUUGCACAGAAAUGCUGACAGGAAGUAGAAGGUUUUUAGUCACCGUACACAAGUCUAUAUUCAGCGCCUCAGAAAGCAUGCAUUUAUAUGUUCUAUGAUCUAUGAUAGUAUUUAGGACCACAGUAAAGAUUGCUUCCACUGACACUCACAUUCAUUUCUGAAUGACCAGGUUUGAGCUACAAAACGUGAGAGCUCAGUAAAAAAUAAAAAAUAAACUAAUAUUAGCUCCUUUUUAAGCUACAUUUUUUGUUGCAGGAACUUUUUACUCACAGAGAAUUAUUCUUUGAAAGUCCAAAGCACAAUUUCCUUUUAUAUAUACAGUUAUCACUUCCUAUUGCUUUUCACUUGCCUAAAUUCUGUAUGCAAUACAAAGUCUAGCAUUGUCAAGACACUCGCUGAGACUAUCAAGAUAUCUCCUCAGCUAUGAUGGGGGUAUAAUUGCACUACUGUCAUUUAUAUGUCUGCUUUAUGAUGCAAUAAAUGCACUUAAAUGUUAUGCUGUACCCACUUCCAAUACUGAACAAGCUGUCAGGUCGAACGAUGAUGAUGUCAACACAUCCCGCGGUUUCUGACAUAAGAUAAACCAUGUCCAACAGUGUCUGAAAAUGAUGAUGAUGAUGAUGAUGAUGUGUACAGGGUGCAUCUUUUGUCAAUGGUACAUUUGAAAGAAAAGGUGAAUUAAAAAAACAACAACAUUUAAGUAACUUAA